AUGAAAAAUGCGGAUGAGUCGUCCACGAACGCUAGUGGGACGCUGUUUCGAAACUUUAAUUACAAGUCCGACACGGAAUAUGUGGUGAAAGUCGCCAAAAUCUUGUUAACGCCCGUUGGUGUUUGGCCCCUUUACAAUAUCGAUUCCACGUUUGACAAGAUGAAGUACGUCUUCCAGACGAGCUUCAAUUUCAGUUUAAUGUGCUUUUUACUUGUUCCGCAUAUCAUUUAUACCUUUUUCGAUGCGGAGGAUUUAACGAGAUACAUGAAGGUGAUAGCCGCCCAGGUGUUCAGUCUUCUGGGUAUCAUCAAGUUCUGGACGAUGAUCAUCAACAGAGAUGACAUCAAGUAUUGUCUAGAGCAAAUAGAGACUCAGUUUAGAGAUGUGGAAAGUGAAGAAGAUCUAUCAGUGAUGGUGAGACACGCCAAACUCGGCAGACAAUUCACGAUCAUAUAUCUGGGAUUAUUGUAUGGUGGUGCGUUGCCUUACCAUAUAAUUAUGCCGUUUUUGGCGGAUAGAAUUGUCAAAGAGGAUAAUACGACGCAGUUGCCUUUGCCGUAUCUCAGCGACUACGUCUUCUUCGUCGUGGAGAACUCGCCCUUUUACGAGAUCCUCUUCGUUGCACAGAUCCUCUUUAGUACCAUAAUCUUAUCAACAAACUGUGGCGUUUACAGCUUGAUCGCAACUUGCGUGAUGCAUGCCUGCUGUUUAUUCGAGAUAAGCCGCAGACACAUGGAAACUUUUUUGAUCGACGAAACUGACGAUCUUCACAAACGAUUUGGGCAGAUAAUUAUGCAUCAUAUGCGAGCUCUCAGAUUUACUGAAAUGAUUGAAAAAUCAUUUAAUUUUGUCUUUUUAUCAGAAAUGGUUGGAUGCACUAUUAUAAUAUGUUUUCUUGAAUAUGGUGUUCUUAAGGAAUGGGAGGACAAGCAAGUAUUUGGUACAAUUAUAUAUUUUAUUUUAGUGAUUUCAAUUUUGGUAAAUGUCUUCACCUUAUCAUCUAUCGGCGAUCGUCUUAAAGAAGAGAGCGUAAAAAUAGGAGAAACGUCAUAUUUUAUCAACUGGUAUGCGUUACCAGCGAAGAAGGUGAACGGUUUGGUCAUGGUGAUGAUCAGAUCAAAUCGCCCGUCCUCAUUGACAGCUGGUAAAAUAUUUGAUAUCUCUCUUCAAGGUUUUUGCGACGUAUGCAAAACAUCAGCAGCGUAUCUUAAUUUCAUUCGAAUGGUUGCAGAGUAA